AUGUUGCAAAAGGGCCACAAGCACCUGCUCGCUCUCCAGGUUAACCUUUGCUCCUUCCUGUUCUCAGCACCGGACCUGAUGGAGCCCACGGAGAGCGGCAACUGGUCGCAGCAGACACCUGAGUUCGUCUUCCUGGGCUUCUCGGGUGCCCCCCACGGCCACACCCCCCUUUUCCUGGUCUUCCUGGCCAUCUACCUCGCCACCGUCAUCGGGAACGCCACGAUAUUCGCCCUGAUCCAGCUGGACGCGCGCCUGCACAGCCCCAUGUACUUCUUCCUCAGCCACCUGUCCUGCCUGGACGUCUGCUACUCGUCCGUCACCGUCCCCAAGAUCCUGGCGAACCUCCUGCGCCAGCAGCACACCAUCUCCUACGCCCAGUGCAUGGCCCAGGCGUUCUUCCGGAUGGCGUGCGCGGGCUCCGAGUGCGCGCUGCUGGCCGCCAUGGCCUACGACCGCUACCUGGCCAUUUGCCGGCCACUGCACUACGGCAGCCUGAUGGGCAGGAGGGUGCGCGUCCCCCUGGCCGCCGCCUCGUGGCUCUGGGGCCUGCUGGACUCGGCCCUCCACACCGCCCCGGCCACCAACCUGGCCUUCUGCGGGGCCCCCCGGAUCGACCCCGUCUUCUGCGACGUGCCCCCACUCCUGAAGACCGCCUGCAGCGACACCCGCGUCAACGAGAUUGACCGGGACCUGACCGUGGUCACCGUCUACGUUGGGAUGGCCUGUGUGAACGACAACCGGCCCAGCGCCGGCUACUCCCGGGAGGCGGACACGCCGGUCUCCACCCUCUGCUGCAUCGUCACCCCCAUGCUGAACCCGCUCAUCCGCAGCCUCCGCGACGAGGAGGUGAAGGCAGCCCUGCAGAAGGCCCUGCGCGGCCCCGGGAGGGGUGCGCUCCCCUGCGCAAGCAAUGUGGCUCGUGCGCGCGGCCGCUUCCUCUCCCGCCGGUCUCCCCGCACCCCAUUCCCCAGCGCAGCGUCUCCCGGCCUGGGCAGCUGCCUCGUGUGGCCCUGGCAGGGGUCGCAGUCCCGAUCCUCUGCUCCCCCCACACACCUCCAGUCCGCGUGCCGCCUCCCCCGCUGCAAGCGCAGGUGCAGCCGCGAGCACAGCCACAACACACGUGGGGUUGCAGUGGCGUUUAUUGGGCGCAACGUCUUCUCCAAUCAGCCUUUCAGGCUCACGGUGUAG